UUUUAUUCUCACGCAAGCAUUGAAAGCGACGAUGAAUCGUCGUUAGUAAAUCGUACACAAAUUCGUCUUAAAAACUACAUUUCACCAUGGCUGAUGCUACGGCUAGGUCAUUGCAGUAUGAGUACAAAGCAAACUCCAAUCUUGUACUUCAAGUCGAUCGCUCGCUGGUCGAGCGAAGAAAUCGUGAUGAGGCGACCGGUGAAGUGAUGAGCUUGGUGGGCAAGCUGGGCUAUAGUAAGAUGGGAGACAGAGCUCAGAGAACCAGACCCCCUCAGCAGAAAGAGAAAGAGGCAAAGAGAAAGAAACGAGAUGAAGCUCGGUAUGACAUGAAGAAGUUCAAAGGUCAAACACUGCUAUCUGCUGGUGUAGAAGACAUUGUUGGAAUCUACUACAGACCAAAGACACAAGAAACCAGAGGAACCUAUGAGGCAUUGCUUAGCUUCAUUCAAGCUGCUAUUGGAGAUCAGCCUCGUGACAUCCUGUGUGGCGCUGCAGAUGAAGUGCUAGCUACUCUGAAGAAUGAACACAGUAAGAACAAAGACAAGAAGAAAGAGCUGGAGCAGCUGCUUGGAACCCUGGCUGAAGAGAGGUUUGCUCUGCUGGUCAACCUGGGCAAGAAGAUCACAGAUUAUGGAGCUGAGAAGGAGAAGAAGAAUAUCGAUGAUGACAUUGAUGAAACCCUUGGUGUGAACGUCCAGUUUGAGGAAUCGGAUGAUGACGGAGGAGACGAUGAAGAUGUUGGUGAGAUCAAAGAGGAGGAGUCUGAUGAAGAGGAAGGGAUGGAAGAUUCUGGUGUAGGAUCCACGCUCAAGACUAGUCUUGGAGGUGGCGAUGAUGUGCUCAUGGCUGCUAAGAAGGGACUUCACCCUCGUGACAUUGAUGCGUUCUGGCUUCAGAGGCAGCUGGGGAAAUUCUACGAUGAUCCUAACAUCUCACAGGCGAGGUCGGCAGAAAUCUUAGACAUCCUCAAGAAUGCAUCUGAUGACGGACAGUGUGAGAAUCAGCUUGUUAUGCUUCUUGGUACCACUCAGUUUGAGUUCAUCAAACUCCUCAGACAGAACAGAAUGAUGAUCCUAUGCUGCACCAUGCUGGCCAAAUCACAGACUGUUGCAGAGAAGCAGCAGCUUGAGGAUCAGAUGAAGCAGGACCCUGAUCUAGUAGCCAUACUCCAAGCCCUCACUGAGACGGACAAAGAGGAUCUGAUCAAGGAAGAGAGAGCCAGGAAGGCCGCUGCCAGGCAGAGUAGGGUCGAUGCUGACCUGGAUGCAAUGGAAGUAGACGAUGAUGAUAAUAACAUGCUUCCAGAAAAGCUGGUUGACUUGGAGGAUAUAGUCUUUGCUCAAGGCAGUCAUCUGAUGGCUAAUAAGAGAUGUCAGCUCCCUGAUGGAUCCUACCGUAAACAGAGGAAAGGAUACGAGGAGGUUCAUGUACCAGCCCUCAAACCAAAGCCAUAUGAAGAUGAUGAGUCCUUGGUGCCCAUUGACCGCCUGCCCAAGUACGCCCAGCCAGCGUUUGAGGGAUUCAAGAGUCUGAAUCGAAUCCAGAGUAGAUUGUACAAAGCUGCCUUAGAGAGUGAUGAAAACCUGCUACUCUGUGCCCCUACAGGUGCUGGUAAGACCAAUGUUGCAUUGCUGACCAUCUUGAGAGAGAUUGGUAAGAACAUCAACCUGGAUGGAACCAUCAACACCUCAGCCUUCAAGAUCAUCUACAUCGCCCCUAUGAGGUCUCUCGUACAGGAGAUGGUGGGCAACUUCAGGAAGAGGCUGGAUUCGUACGGAAUCACUGUAUCCGAGUUGACCGGUGACCAUCAGCUGACCAAAGAUCAGAUCACAGCAACCCAGAUCAUUGUCUGUACUCCAGAGAAGUGGGAUAUCAUCACGAGGAAAGGAGGAGAGAAGACCUACACUCAGCUUGUCAGGCUCAUUAUCAUCGAUGAGAUUCAUCUCCUCCAUGACGACCGUGGCCCAGUCUUAGAAGCAGUGAUUUCAAGGACAAUCCGUAACAUCGAGACAUCCCAGGAAGACGUUCGUCUGGUCGGCCUGAGCGCCACCCUACCCAACUACCAGGAUGUGGCUGGAUUCAUGAGGGUCAAGCCAGACAAGGGACUCUUCUUCUUUGAUAACAGCUUCCGUCCCGUUCCCCUGGAGCAGCAGUACAUCGGUAUCACGGAGAAGAAAGCUCUCAAGAGAUUCCAGCUCAUGAAUGAGAUUGUCUAUGAGAAAGUGAUGGACAACGCUGGCAAAAACCAGGUGCUUGUGUUUGUGCAUUCCCGUAAAGAGACGGGCAAGACGGCUAGAGCCAUCAGAGACCUGUGUCUAGAGCAGGACACGCUAGGUCAGUUCUUGAGAGAAGGGUCAGCCUCUACGGAGAUCUUGAGGUCAGAAGCGGAACAUGCAGAGAAUCUGGAGCUGAAGGACUUGCUUCCCUAUGGCUUUGCCAUGCAUCACGCAGGAAUGACCAGGCUGGACAGGACCUUGGUAGAAGAUCUGUUUGCUGAUCGUCACAUCCAGGUCUUGGUUUCCACGGCAACCCUAGCUUGGGGUGUCAAUCUUCCUGCUCAUACUGUCAUCAUUAAAGGAACUCAGAUCUACAACCCUGAGAAGGGUCGAUGGGUAGAGCUUGGACCUCUAGACGUUCUGCAGAUGUUGGGACGUGCAGGGCGCCCUCAGUAUGAUACGAAGGGAGAGGGUAUUCUCAUCACCAGCCACAGUGAGCUUCAAUACUAUCUCUCACUACAGAAUCAACAGCUGCCCGUUGAGAGUCAAUUCAUCAGUAAGCUAGCUGAUAACCUGAACGCUGAGGUGGUCCUAGGUAACAUCCAAACCAUGAAGGAUGCUGUAACCUGGCUAGGUUACACCUACCUCUACAUCCGUAUGAUGCGUAACCCCACGCUGUACGGGAUCCCUGGGGACUCUAAGGAUACGGACCCGGACCUGGACCAGUUCAGGAUAGACCUGAUCCAUGCUGCGGCCAUCGCCCUGGAUAAGAACAACCUAGUGAAGUAUGAUCGCAAGUCAGGCAACCUGCAGGUGACUGAGCUUGGACGGAUUGCCAGCCACUACUACUGCACCAACGACUCCAUGUCGACCUACAACAGUCUCCUGAAACCCACCCUGAGUGAGAUUGAUCUCUUCCGUGUCUUCUCUCUCUCAUCAGAGUUCAGACACAUGGUAGUCAGGGAGGAAGAGAAGAUGGAGCUGACGAAGCUACUGGAGAGAGUUCCUAUACCUAUCAAAGAAAGCAUUGAGGAACCAAGUGCAAAGGUGAAUGUGUUGCUCCAGGCAUACAUCUCUCAACUGAAACUGGACGGCUUUGCUUUGGUAGCCGACAUGGUCUUCAUCACACAGUCUGCAGGACGUCUUGUAAGGGCCAUCUUUGAGAUCGUCCUUCAUCAUGGCUGGGCUCAGCUAGCAGACAAGACUCUCUCAUUGGCUAAGAUGAUCGACAAGAGAAUGUGGCAGUCGAUGAGCCCCCUCCGUCAAUUUCGCAAGAUCCCCGAGGAGGUCGUGAGGAAGAUAGAGAAGAAGAACUUCCCUUGGGAGAGGUUCUUUGAUCUCGGACCCAAUGAGCUUGGAGAGUUCAUCCGCAUGCCCAAGAUGGGCAAGACCAUCCACAGAUACAUCCAUCACUUCCCUCGGUUGGAGCUAGCCACUCACAUCCAGCCCAUCACCAGGAGUACAUUGAGAGUAGAGCUUACCAUCAGACCAGACUUCCAAUGGGAUGAGAAGAUACAUGGAAACUCAGAGGCCUUCUGGAUUCUUGUAGAGGAUGUAGACAGUGAGAUCAUUCUACAUCAUGAGUACUUUCUACUCAAAAGCAAGUUUGCCCAAGAUGAGCACAUUGUCAAGUUCUCUGUUCCUGUGUUUGAGCCUCUCCCUCCUCAGUACUUCAUCAGGGUGGUUUCAGACAGGUGGAUUGUAUCUGAAACACAGCUGCCAGUGUCCUUCCGUCACCUGAUCCUCCCUGAGAAGAACCUACCCCCUACAGAGCUCCUAGAUCUUCAAGCCUUACCAGUCUCAGCUCUGAGGAACCCUGCCUUUGAGUCUCUCUACAGCACCAAGUUCUCUGUCUUCAAUCCCAUACAGACUCAAGUGUUCAACGCUGUGUACAAUGGAGAUGACAACAUCUUUGUUGGCGCCCCCACUGGCAGCGGGAAGACAAUCAUCGCCGAGCUGGCCAUCCUACGUAUGUUGCUUCAAUCCUCAGAAUGUAGGUGUGUCUACGUCACACCGCUAGAGGCUCUAGCUGAACAGAUGUACAACGAGUGGCAUCUGAAGUUCCAGAUGCAGCUUGGUAAGAAGGUGGUCCUCCUGACCGGUGAGACUAGUACUGACCUCAAGCUCUUAGCUAAGGGUAAUGUCAUCAUCAGUACACCAGACCGAUGGGAUGUGUUGUCACGACGAUGGAAGCAGCGUAAGAACGUUCAGAAUGUCAACCUCUUCAUCAUUGAUGAGCUGCACUUGAUUGGUGGUGACAAUGGGCCUGUUCUUGAGGUGAUCUGCUCCAGGAUGCGUUACAUCUCGUCUCAGAUCGAGCGUAACAUCCGUUUGGUAGCCCUGAGCUCCUCCCUGGCCAACGCUAAGGAUAUCGCUCAGUGGCUUGGAGCUAGUCCUACCAACACCUUCAACUUCCAUCCCAAUGUGAGACCAGUUCCUCUCGAGCUGCACAUCCAGGGCUUUAACAUCACCCACACGGGAUCGCGUCUCAUCGCCAUGGUGAAGCCCACCUACAACGCCAUCAUCAAGCACUCCCCUACCAAGCCCGUCAUUGUGUUUGUACCGUCUCGCAAGCAGACCAAGCUGACCGCCAUUGAUCUCUUGACCUACGUGACGGCCGAGGAUGGAGCAGAGAGUCGUUUCCUCCAUGUUGAUAAGGAUGAUCUGGCUGCCCAUCUCAGCAAGGUGGAUGAUGAGACCCUGAGGGAGAUGCUGAGUAACGGUAUCGCUUACCUGCACGAGGGCCUCUCAGAGAUAGAGCAGAAGGUGGUAGAGCAGCUCUACAUGUCUGGAGCAGUACAGGUGGUGGUAGCAUCCAGGAUGAUGUGCUGGGGCAUGACUCUCAAUGCUCAUCUCGUCGUUGUCAUGGAUACACAGUACUACAAUGGCAAGAUCCAUGCGUAUGUUGACUACCCUAUCACUGAUGUGCUUCAGAUGACAGGAAGGGCUAACAGACCAGAGAUAGAACAUGAAGUGAGCAAGUGUGUGGUGCUGUGUCAAGGUUCCAAGAAGGAUUUCUACAAGAAGUUCAUGUACGAACCCCUCCCAGUUGAGUCUCAUCUUGAUCACUGUCUCCAUGAUCACUUCAAUGCUGAGGUCGUUACCAAGACGAUAGAGAACAAACAGGAUGCAGUAGAUUACCUGACAUGGACCUUCAUCUACAGGCGCAUGACACAGAAUCCUAACUACUACAAUCUACAAGGUAUGACCCAUCGUCAUCUUUCGGACCAUCUCUCGGAGCUGGUGGAGAACACCCUGCAGGACCUUGAGCAUUCUAAGUGUAUCAGCAUUGAGGAUGAGAUGGACAUCAGUCCACUGAAUCUGGGUAUGAUCGCUGCGUACUACUACAUCAACUACACGACCAUCGAGCUCUUCAGUAUGUCACUCAAUAACAAGACCAAGAUCAAGGGUCUGAUUGAGAUUAUCUCGUCCGCAGCAGAGUAUGAGAAUAUUCCUAUCAGACAUCAUGAGGACUCCAUGCUCAAACAGUUGUCAAGUCGUACACCCAACAAGGUGAGCAACCCACGUUACAACGAUCCUCAUCUGAAGACCAACCUUCUCAUCCAAGCCCAUCUCGGUAGGAUGCAGCUAUCAGCUGAGCUUCAGUCAGAUACAGAAGACAUCCUCAACAAGGCUCUGCGUUUGAUCCAAGCAUGUGUUGAUGUGCUGAGUAGCAACGGUUGGCUGUCUCCAGCCUUAGCAGCCAUGGAGCUUGCUCAGAUGGUCACACAAGCUAUGUGGAACAAAGAUUCUUAUCUUAAACAGCUGCCUCACUUUGGACAAGAACUCGUCAAGAAGUGCACAGAGAAGUCCAUCGAGAGUAUCUUUGACGUUAUGGAGAUGGAGGAUGAGGAGAGACAUGAGCUCCUCCAGAUGACCGACGCCCAGAUGGCUGAUGUGGCUAGAUUCUGCAACCGCUAUCCCAACAUUGAACUGAUGUAUGACGUGCAGGAGAAGGACGGCUUGGAGAGUGGCUCACCUGUGGUUAUCAUGGUCUCGUUGGAGAGAGAAGAUGAGAUCACUGGACCUGUUGUAGCUCCUCUCUUCCCCCAGAAACGAGAAGAGGGUUGGUGGGUGGUCAUCGGUGACACCAAGACGAACAGUCUCAUCUCCAUCAAGCGUUUGACCCUUCAACACAAGGCCAAGGUCAAGCUGGACUUUGUAGCUCCAUCCCCCGGCAGUCAUCACUAUACCAUCUACUUCAUGAGUGAUGCUUACAUGGGAUGCGAUCAGGAGUACCAGUUCGACAUCGAUGUCAAGGAGCCGGGAAGCGACGCCAGUGGAGACAGCGAUGAUAGUUCGGAUGAGGAGUAGGUGGAUCGGGGCCCCAUUUUACAAAACUUGUUAUCAGUGACAAAUGACAGUUUUUUUAUAAGCUACUGAAAUCCUUGCUUCUGAUUGGUUAUCAGCAGAUUUGUCACUGAUUUUUGUCAUUUGUCAUUGAAAAAAGGCUUUGUGAAACAGCCCCUGAUCUAUCCUGAGGCUUUCUGACUUAUAGAGCUAUUGUUGAGAUAGAGUUGUGUCAGUCUGAAUUUGAAGGAAUAAGUCUUUAAGUCUGUGUGUGUGUGGUCAUUCACAUACGGGAAUCAUAAAGAAACCAGAUCGUCUAUGUGUGUCCCAUGGUGAUAUGUUUGUAAGAUUUGAGAAUCAAGUAGUUGUGUGACUAUCAGUCAAGCACUUACAAUUCCAUGUUUUGACUUGAUCGACCCUUAUUAAAGUUUUGUUACAUAUUAUCCUCAAUAUGCUAUCCUUGUCUCCCUAGUAGAAAUGCGUUUGAGAAGAAGCUUCUCAAAAAAUCUUCUUUAGGAUUAGUUACCAUUAAGGAUAAUGGUGUGAAUCAUGGCAUCUCUGAAUUCAAUGAAAAUUGUACUUUUCAUUUACUAACUGUAGCUCCUUUUUGCUUCUAUCACCAUGUACCUUUUUCAAAACAAAUGACUAGCAGACAAGUUCUUUGUAAUUGAAGUGGCUGGAUUAAAAGAAACAUGAAUGAAUUCUUCCUUCUCCCUCAGGAUUAACACAUCAAAAUAUACACCAAUACUUUCUAUGAAGCAGUAUUGAAAUUACCGUUUCUAAGAAAACACCUUAUUCAAUUCGUAGGGAAUGCUUUUCCUUUUUUCCCUGUACAUUUUUAAUACCUCCAUGGGCUAUCUUGUAUUCUUAAUGGUUUUUGCAGUCAGCCAGCAUGUCUGCUGUUCCAUACUAGGUCUUAAUGCUAUGAAUAAUUCCAUCUUGCUUCUUGAUAUCAUAGAAAGAAUAUGAACAGAAUCUUAUUCCCUUCAAACACCACAAGAACUAAAAGCUUGUUUUAUGAAAAAUCUUAAGUAUUUUUUUUUUUAUUGUGAUGACACUGUAGUAUAUAAGUAAAGAUUGUACAAAAUACCAUUUUGAGAUUUGUAAGGCUCAUUUGUUAAUUCAAACAAUGUCAAGACUUUUGUCUUGAAGCUGUAUAUUAAUACAUUAUUUUCUUAAUAUUUGUCUUGUUGAUUAUGCUAUUGCUAGUGGGUUUAAAAUAUCUGGAUUUCCUGUGUUGGUUCCAAUUUUUUUACAUGGGAAAGGCUAGAGAUCUGGUAAUACCAUAUUCUUCUUCUGGAAUACUCCUCAAUUUCUCUUUAGGAACCAAGCGAGGAUCUUAGUAGGGCUAAGUAGCCCAUCACAAAGAUGAAUACAACUUGCAGGUUGUGUGAUGAAAAUAAAUGAUGCUUGAUGGGAUGAGAGCAUUAGAGGCCUCAGGAGUAGUCUCUAAAAGGUUCUCUGGACUGUGACUUGGUACAUCUGGAAGGUCUUGGCAUGGUUCUUCCAUUUGUGUCAUUUGUUAUAGGAAAAUACUGCUUCUAAAGGAAAGAGACUGUUAAAUAUCUUGUGCACCAUCCUCAUAUUUAGCGGUUUUUUUCAAGAUAAGUAAAACUGGAUGAAAUAUUGCUCUGAAAAUCAAAGAAUCUAAAUGUCUUCAUGUCUUAUUCAUAUUAUUCAUUUGGAUAAAAUAAAACGGGGAUAGCAAAACAAGCCUUUCCUCUUUGAACACACCACAAAGUUAACAAUUUAUUAUUUAGCAUGGAAUAUUAUGCUUUUAUUUGUGAGAUUUAUGGACUACUCAACCACAGGGGAAGACAUACACAAAACAUGAAGGGGAGUAUGUGUAGUAGCCUUGUAGUAGACUAGUGGUUAUCUAUAUCAAAGUAACUCACUAAAUUGAUGAGUUAGUUCUGUGAAGGUCUGUUAUGCUUCAGUUUUGGUCUUUUGGAUUUUACUAUUUGUAUCUGUUAUUAUGUCAAAUGUAAUUAUGAUGAAUUUGUCAACCUUUGUACAGGCUCUUUUCCAGAAUGAUGUACAGAAUAAAAGUGAUUUCACUGAAA